GGAGAGUCCUUAUGCAUUUUGGCAACAACAAUGUAAACGCGCACUUCACGUGUACCUUUGUGUACAUUUCCCCCAGAUUGGUGCCAGUGCGUUCUACAUGAAUGCACCGCCUCUCCCUCUUCCUUGAUGGACUCCAGCUAGCAGAACAGAGGGAUGUUCCCGGGCAUGACAGCCAUUAGUGGGCCCUGCCCUUGCUAAUGCACUGAUACGCUAAACUUAGAAUGUUCAAUCACGUUGUUCGGUCUCUUAUUCGGCACCGGGGUUCUAUACGUUCUUGCUUACACGCCAUGCAGGAAGCCGUGCGGCACCACUGGAAAAAGAUAGCAGUGAAGAUCAAAGGUUCCGACCCCUCACACUGACCCUGGGUCCUCGAGGGUGAUGUACGGUUGGCCUGGGUAAAAAUAGAAGACCGUAUUGGGCAGCUCUCACCAAUGACGAUGGUGCCAACGUCUCCAAGCUCCAUCAUCUGCGCCGAGACACUCCACACACAUUUGGUUCAUUUUUGUUGAUGAGCAUUAUAACUUGACACCAUCCGUUUUUGUGAGCGUCUAUAAGAAGUGGGAUUGAUAACACGGGACGGCACGCUUGCCUUCGCAAGCAGCUGAAGCACGUAUGGGCGUCAAUGGGUACUUCUCGACCCAGACUCCCCUCCACACGCAUGCACACGCAGCGCGAGUGCAAUGUGCUUCAUCAUGCCAGCCCUCUAUUUUAUCCCAGCCGCGAACAAGUCUCGAGAACUACGCCUUCUGUUUAGUGUCUAGUGUCGGACAGUUCUUGCGCAUACCAAGAACUUGGUAUGUUCUUCAUUGUCCCUUUUCUCAUCACUGCGGCAUCAGCCGCGCCCAUCUAUGCCAAGGUCAUCUGCAAGACGACCACGUACCUCGAUAUCGUCGUUUUCUUUGUCACAAACUAUAUCACCCAUGCCGCUACCGUACCCUCUACAGCCGGUACCAAGUGGUACUCAACGGCCACUUGGACGAUCGUCUGUAUCUUCCUCCCCUUUGCAGGCCUUGGCAAGUCCCUCGGUCUUUUCUUCCGCUAUGUCCAAUGCCGGCAGAACGAUAUGGAGAAGGCGCUUGCCCGGGGAGCCCUCAUCUUGGUCAAGAGGUCGAAGGACUGGAAGCCGAAUGAGAUAUCUGCGGAGCAGGUGUACGUCAGGGUAAGGCAGAAUGACCGAUUUCUCACCGAGAAAGAGUUUGGUUCUAUCAAAGUUUCCACCACCGUCCGUAUAACCAUUGAAGAUGACGACAGAAUCAAUGCUAGAGUGGACCCCGCCCAGGUCCGAAUUCACGGUGGGAUGGCGAAGCUUCCUGCAGGAUACGAGCUCGAUUUUGCCGAUUUCUGGGAUCGCUGGCACCUCAACCUCGACAAUGGCAGCCAGCUAAGCUCAUCUCAGAGCUGGGUCAAGAUGGUUACGUCUAUUGCGCAACUUCUGUAUACGUCCCUGACGAUAUACGAGACAGCCGGGCCUCAGCUCGAUGUCUACGGCUAUGCCGCGUACGGCUUGACUGUAUUCCCCUACUUGCUCCAGUCCCUCGUCAAUCUGGCCGCCGUAGGGAUUGCUGGCGACUACUCGUGCGCGUACCUCAUCAACACCGCCAUCCUCACCGAAGCCAACGGCAGGGCGUUGGCACAGUGUGACAACGCGUUCACCGGCAUGGUUGGGCGUCCGGGAAAGCCGGAAGGUGCCACGGUCAUACCAAAUUCAUUUGGGGUGGAGAUGAAGCUGGAGCCUGAAGACGAAGUGAACACGCAAGGAGGGCCCGAAACGCGUAUUCGUGCGGUAGACAUCGGCACCGCGGCAGAAAGCCCCAUAAGUCUGACGCAACCAGCCAGAGAUGACAGCGUGCUUAGCCCUAUCUCUGAGAAGCACGUCGCACCUCCUAAACGUGCCCUCACUAUGCCCCGACCUCAGCGCCGGAAAACGCGCGAUGACUACACCAAGACGCGCGUGCUGUUAAUUACUAGAGCUACCAACAACACCAAUGACACCAAGAGUACCAACAAUGAUGAAUAUGAGACCACCGAGAUGCGUCUUAACCUCGUAGAGGGCCGGCAGCCAGCAGACAUCGAGCUGAUUCUCCCAGCGGCAACCAACCACUGGGUAGCGAAGAUAGCGUCGAACAGCUCCUGGUGGGACGCCUGCCUCGCCUACUGCGGCCUCGUCGCCGCAGUGAUCAUCGUCCUCUUCCUCCCGUACCUCGUCAUCUACCUCCUCACCGGCUUCCACAAGCGGUCCAGCACGCCCGCCGAGCGCGCCUGGCUCAUGGCGUGGUCGAGCGCGAACGACCUCGCGUUCCUUAUCUUCGCACCGCAGUUCCUCACGCCGUACGGGUUCGCGGAUCUGGCGAAUCUCGUGUGGCUCAUCCCGGCGGUGGUCACGUUGAUCGUACCUGCGAUGGGCGGGUUUGUGAUGGUAGCGCGGAUGCAGGCAGCGUCCAAGACCUGUUCUCUCGAUUCUGAUUAGGGUAUAUUCAAGGCUAUGAUGCUACUCAUGCACUGUUUUCAUGUCUUCAAUGCUCUGGUCAUGUUUCU